GUAUCUCAAAUUGGACAGAUAAUCUCGAACGCGUUAUCGACUCAGCACGCGUCGUCCGCACUCGACUCGUUGUCUUAUCUCCUCAUUUUAUUUUUCGAGUUUUCAUUCAUUUUAUUAAUUGCCAGCCAGUGGAGGGGAAAUCUGUGGUCACCCCUCCCUCCAUCGCCGAUCUCGAUCCCUAGGCGCAGGUCAUUAUGUCGAAGAUGGGUGCUGACAAACAGUUGGAUCAAAAUGAGGAAAAUGGCAUGCCGUCAUCCCAACAAGAGGAACAAGCAAUAAAGAAGAAAUAUGGAGGAAUGAUACCCAAAAAACCACCAUUGAUAUCCAAGGAUCAUGAACGUGCAUACUUUGAUUCUGCGGAUUGGGCUUUAGGGAAGGGAGGGCAUGCUCAGAAACCUAAAGGACCUCUAGAGGCUCUUCGCCCAAAGCUACAGCCCACACCACAGCAGCAAGUUCGUUCCCGUCGGUCAGCGUAUGCAUCUGCUGAUAAUGAAGAUGGUGGAAAUGGUGCUUCUGAAGAAAUGAACGGCGAUAACAACAGCGAUUAGUAAUUACAUAUAUCCUCAUAAAUCGCCUGGCUCAGUGAUUUCAAUUCUUCUUUUAUUAACCUGUCUGAACCAUUUAUUAGUUCCCAUGAGUAGUAAUGCUUUUUCAUAUGCUAUCAGAUGAGGUCAUUUGCUUUUGACGACAGUAAGAUUUAGCUUGUUUUGACUAUAAAAAUCUAGCUAAGAUUGUUAUGUUUGCCGUCUAA